AUGUCUCCCCCACUUCGAACCCUCGGCCACAACGGCCCCCAGGUCAACGCUGUUGGCCUAGGUCUUAUGAGUAUCGGCGGGAUCUACGGUGCUGCUAGUUCUAUUGAGGAAGGAGUUGCUUUCCUAGAUCAUGCAUAUGCCACUGGUCAGCGCUUCUGGGACACAGCAGACAUGUACCUCAGCAGUGAGGAAAUCGUGGGCGAGUGGAUUAAGCGGUCCGGCAAGCGCAAUGACAUUUUCCUUGCCACUAAGUUCGCUGUUCAGGCAUUCGAUGGGAAGGGGUUGACUAUUCGCUCGGAUCCCGAGUAUGCCAAAUUGGCUUGCGAGAGGUCCCUGAAGAAACUGAACGUCGACACUAUUGAUCUGUACUAUUGUCACCGAGUUGAUGGGGUGACACCAAUCGAGAAGACCAUUGAGGCACUGGUUGAACUAAAGAAUGAAGGGAAGAUUCGAUACAUCGGUCUCUCCGAAGUCUCAGCUGCAACACUGCGUCGAGCCCACGCUGUUCACCCAAUCUCCGCUCUCCAGAUAGAAUACAGCCCCUUCGCCCUCGACAUCGAAUCGCCAAACUCUGAUAUCCUGGAUACCUGCCGCGAGUUAGGAGUUGCCGUUGUAGCCUACAGCCCUAUCGGUCGUGGUAUCCUGACCGGCCAGAUCAAGUCCAUGGCCGACUUUCCCGAGAAUGAUUUCCGCCGUUUCCUCCCCAAGUACUCGGAGGAAAACUUUCCCAAGAUCUUGGAGCUGGUGCAGGGACUGAACGAUGUGGCCAAGGCGCACAAUAGCACUUCUACCCAGAUUGCGAUUGCAUGGUUGCUCGCACAGGGGCCCGAUAUUAUUCCCAUCCCAGGGACAAGGGCCAUUGCUCGUAUGGAUGAGAAUUCUGCGUCGGCGCAGAUUCAACUCUCGGACGAGGAGGUGAGCACUAUCCGGGAGUUGAUCAAGCGAACAGAGGUUCCUGGCACUCGGUACCCUGCAGAGAUGAUGGGCCAUGUUGCUGCCGAUACCCCAGCCCUGUAA